CCGGUGGCGCUGGGGAAGGAAGGCGAUCUCGGGACCUGGAGGGAAGUGAGCAGCGCCAAUCCACAGCGUGGAAAGCCUCGUUUUGCAAACGCGGGAGGGAAAAGCCUGAGCAUGCAGAGUGUGCAAAGCAUGAGCCUCAGUCUGCCCACGCAGUGCCUCUGCCUGGCUUUCCUGCUCCUCCAUCUCUUGGGACAGGUGGCUACGACUCAACGCUGCCCAAACCCGUGCCCGGCCCGUUGGGCUUUGAACACGUGCUGCAAAUCUUAUGUGGCGUCGUCAAGGCAUUGUGACUUUGUUUUUCUCUCUCCCCUUCCCUCUCUGCCCUGCUUCCCUGCUAUUCUAGCGAUCGAGGGAGAUAACUGUGUGUUCGACGGGGUCAUUUACCAAAGUGGAGAAACCUUUCAGCCCAGCUGCAAAUACCAGUGCACCUGCCAAGACGGGCAGAUUGGCUGCGUGCCUCGCUGUGAUGAGGACCUGCUACUACCCCAACCUGACUGCCCGGUUCCAAGAAAAGUUGAAGUGCCCGGGGAGUGCUGCGAAAAGUGGAUCUGUGACGCAAAUGACACGGAGGCGUUAGGGGACCUGCACGCCCUUCCAGCCUACAGGACAGAAACCACUCUAGGAGUUGCAGUCUCUGAUUCAAGUAUCAACUGCAUUGAACAGACCACAGAGUGGAGCGCAUGUUCCAAGAGCUGUGGCAUGGGCUUCUCCACCCAGGUCACCAACAGGAAUCCGCAGUGCGAGAUGGUGAAGCGGACUCGGCUCUGUAUGGUGCGACCCUGUGAACAGGAGCACAGGCAACCAACAGAUAAGAAAGGAAAAAAGUGUCUGCGCACCACGAAGUCCCUCAAAGCCAUCCACCUGCAGUUCAAGAACUGCACGAGCCUGCAUACCUACAAGCCCAGGUACUGUGGAGUCUGCAGCGAUGGCCGGUGCUGCACCCCUCACAACACCAAAACCAUCCAGGUGGAGUUCCAGUGCUCCCCGGGGCACAUCAUCAAGAAGCCAAUGAUGGUCAUUGGGACCUGCACCUGUCACAACAACUGUCCUCACAACAACGAGGCUUUCCUCCAAGAGUUAAAGCCGAGCACCAGCCGAGGGAAAAUGUAACCUGGGUCCCUGGAGAAGCCCACCUACAGAGGCAAACCGUAGCUGUUGCGUGACCCAUCUUCAAAAGAAUAUAAGAAAAAUCGCGAGAAUUAUGAUUUUGCCCCUGAGUCCUAUGUAUUUUCUGUGGUCAUAUGAGGUCAGUUCUAGCUGUCUUUUUAUUGUUUUUAAUGGACAAUAUGAUUAACUGUAAACUUGGAAUCAAGGAAAACUCAGGAUAGUGCUUAGAGAUGACUUACUGUUCUGUGGUGUUUACUGCGAAUGAAAACGUCUAUAAGUUUAAGAAAUCAGACAUAGGUUUGACUGUGUAGACUGUAUCACAUCACACUCAUCUUCUUUGGUUAUAUAUUCGUGCAAGUUCAAGAAGAUGUCCCUGUCAGGAAUGACCCAGGCAAGUCCAGCAUCAGACUGACCAUGUCAUCAUACAAUUAUUUCGCCACAUAUUGAGGUUUGACUUGAGGGGUCUCCGCUGAGCUCUUUUUGUGUAGCUCAGCUCUGAACUUCCAAGUCAAGAUCCGGGAAACAUAGAGCUCUUCAACUUGAAAUCCAGAGUCUAUUAGUUUUGUGUUUAGUUGUAAACUAGGAAACGAGCUGUCUCUACAGUAAUACAAUGUUAUAGUUAGUUAAAUGGACUGGUAUCAUAAACUUGCUCCAUGUCAGACAAAUUGACUCCUUUCCAAUAGAAAGAAGCUGAACAGAAAACUCCCCCUAAUACAGAGAUGACAAUGACUGGACCUCACCUGCCCCCCUACAUUUGUAUAUGCUGCAGGCUUCUGGGGCCCAUAGUGUUUUCAUUCAGAAGAAGCAGACCCUGUCAGCAGAGAUCCUCUCAUCUCAUUGAUGAGUAAACUGAGGGCCAAAACACCUGAUUACAACCUUGGAUGACAUUCAAAUGUGCUUGUAGUGAAACUUUAAAACAGAAGAACAAAGCCGACAUACGUGGGAUGGUACAGGAGCACACAUUUUAUGGGAGUUUAGAAUUUAUUGUAGACCUGCCCGUAACUUAUCCUUGGGCCCUACUUAUGCAAACUCACAAACAAGAUAUGGGUGCAUACAUACUUCCAUCUAAGUUGUCAGGCUACAAGAUAGAUUGCAAACUUAAAUGCAUACAUUCGCCUAAUGUCACCAGAUGUGUUCAACUUUUCUCCUUAAAAAGUAUUUAUAUAAAUAUAAAUUAUACAUUUUUAAAAUAUUCUUUUUACUUUCUCUACUUGUCAGAUAGCACUAAAUAAACAUGAUCUUAUCAAUGUGUGA